AUGCCACCUUACUCCCGAUUCAAUCCGCUCAACAGUCGAUUGGGAUCAUACCGUGCCAUCAUGCAAGACACCAUGUCCAACAAGCGACUAAGUGUAUACGUAUGCUCAUCACGAUUCUUCAAUCCAUACUACUACGAUCGAUCAUUCCACUAUGACAAGACUAGGGAGACUUGGGAGAUACUGAUGGCGAAGCUAAAGAGCGUGCCAUUGAUUGGUACACUAAUGUUUGAUGACUCUGAUGAUGCAUCGUUCAAUGAGUCAUUCUGGAGCAGCGCAAAGGAUUACUUGAACGAGAUAAUAGAGCGUGAUGGGACUCGAGUAUACUAUGAACAAAAGCAAUCUGGAACAUUCAAGCAUAUCCCACUGCAACACAUUCCCCUGGUAUCACUUACUCUCAGACUUGACACUUGGCCUACAUUUAAUGAUCAAACACGAUUGUUCCCAGACACGCUCACCAGUCUGACCAUCAGUGGCGCAUUCAAUGACAGUGCAUUGAUUGGUUCAUUGCCCGCGGGACUGACAUCGCUCAUUUUAAGUGAUUGCUUCUACUGGAACCAUCCCAUUGAGCCUGGUACACUGCCAUCAAGCCUUCGCAAACUAGUUCUGAACAACAGCUUCAAUCAACCGAUCAGAGAACACACAUUCCCAUCGACACUGGAGGAGUUAACAUUCGGCAGGCAAUUCAAUCAGACAUUGGAGGGAAGGCUGCCACACUCACUGGCCUUUCUCUUUUUGGAGUCGUCAGCUUUUGAUCAACCCAAGUUGCCCGCAGCCUACAACCUCUCGAUCUCCCUGGGCGCCAGCUUCAAACAGGUGAUCGAGAGUCAACACCUUUCAUCAUUGUCACUCUCAGAUAUGACCGAACCUAAGUUCAACAACAACAUUCCAUUCGCCAAUCUCCAAAACUUGUCGUUGAAUGGCAUCAAUAUCGAGGUGAUGUCGAGCAUCACAUCAUCCAUGUUCCCAAUGUUAGAGUGUUUUACUGUUAAAAUACGUACAGCCAAUCAGACAGAGGUUGAUCUUGAGCUGGCGGCACUGCCAUCGACACUGAAGAGACUGUCGAUUGACUCGCCAAACCCGAUCGUGUCUUUCCCCACUGGACUCACACAUCUCUCGAUCUACAUCAGCAAGCAACCUGGCCUUACGAACUUCAAGUUAUUCAAAGGAUUACUUCCAACAUCAUUGUGCGAUCUUAAACUGAUCAACUACAACCAUGCACUCAAUGUUGGUGACCUACCACUGUCUAUCACAUCAUUGCUCAUCCGCGAUCAGCCAACACAGCCAGACUUUGACCAUACAGUGUUGCCACAAUCAGUUACCAGCCUCAGUUUCCAUGUAGACAAUUGGGAUGCCAAGGUUAAGGAGGCACUGCCAAUGAUCAUCCAGCGCCUGCCAGUCUCCAUUACCAAGUUGAUUGUAAUGUUUGGCACAACAUUCGCCAUUAGACGUAUCUCGGAAACUGUAUUCUUCUGUUCGGAAAAUAUGGAGGAGUGUUGCUUUGUCAACACUGGAUCAUUAGACAAGGUCAUUGGAUACUGUAUUCGUUAA